AAACACUGGCAAUGUACACAAACCCAAUUGUCUGCAAUAAGUCAAUAUAUCAGCUGGGAAUGUGCUGAGCCGUUCUGACCCCUUCAUUACGCCCUGGGCCCGACGCAGGCAUGUUACCCCUCAAAGUCUCCCUUUUCCUUGUGAUUUUCUGCACCCACGGUGCCAGCGUGAGGGAAACGGGGAAGAAGAAAGAUGAUAAUCCCAUUGACAAGAUAGCAAGCGUCGCCGGCUUUGAUCCUAGUAAGUUUGCAGGGAAGUGGUAUCUGCUCUCAGUGGCUUCUGAGUGCGAUUACCUGAAGACAAACAACCAUCGCGUGGAGGCCACCACAAUCCAGGCCACACAAUCUAAGAACUGGAGGGAUGAGGACAUCCUGGCUAUCAGCACGCAUAGGAAGCUGGACGGAAUCUGUUGGGAGAUUAAACAUGAGUAUAAGAUGGACACAAAGGUCAAGGGCAGAUUUUCAUUUAAAGUUGGGGGAUAUGGCGGUGACGCACAAGUGGUUGUGGCGGCCACAGAUUACCAGAACUACGCCAUACUGUAUUACCAGCGGAGGAAGAAGAUAACGAUUAAACUCUAUGGGAGAAAACCAUCCGCGAGCGAUGACGUCAGUCAAAUACUUGAUGACCGUGUCACUAAACAGGGCUUUGACCUGGAAUACAUCUACUGGUUCCCAACAUACGGUUUCUGUGAGACGGCCGAUCAGUUCCACAUUCUUAACGAAGUUCCAAGAUAACGAUUUUGGCAGAUACAGGAAACGUGACGGCUACGCAGUGGAAUACAGGCCCCGCACCUGACUCGGACAUAGUGAUAAUUCUACAAUUCUAGGGAAAAGAUGUCUAGUAGUAUUAGUAGUAAUAAACAAUCUGAGGGGGGAAUUUAUUUACAUGGCUCAAAUCUGUACCACAACUUUUACAGCCAAUCAAUAUGGUUGCUACGGACCGUGAUAGCUACAGACCAUGGUGGUCAUUCCGAGUUGUUCGCUCGCUAGCAGUAUUUAGCAGCCGUGCAAACGCUAUGCCGCCGCCCACUGGGAGUGUAUCUUUGCUUAGCAGAAGUGCGAACGAAAGGAUCGCAGAGCGGCUACAAAAUAAUUUUGUGCAGUUUCAGAGUAGCUUCAGACCUACUCAGCGCUUGCGAUCACUUCAGACUAUGUAGUUCCUGUUUUGACGUCACGAACACGCCCUGCGUUCGCCCAGCCACGCCUGCGUUUUUCCGAACACUCCCUGAAAACGGUCAGUUGACACCCAGAAACGCCCUCUUCCUGUCAAUCACUCUGCGGCCAGCAGUGCGACUGAAAAGCUUCGCUAGACCUUGUGUGAAACUACGUCGUUCGUGUUAAUUAAUAGUACGAUAAGUGCAGAUUUUUUUCCUGAUCGCUGCGCAGUGAACGAAAGCAGCUAGCGAUCAACUUGGAAUGACCCCCCCAUGAUAGCUAAACUCUGAUUGGCUCUUUGCACCUUUUGGUAAUGUUAGUAAAUAACCUUUUGUGUAUUAAUCUCAGCUAUCUGGAAUCAUAGCAAUAUUAGUCUUAAACACUGUGUUUUUGCGUGUGGGUUCAUUUUAAUUGUAAUAACAACACACGUUAUUAAAAAUAAUAGCAGAAGA